CUGAGGGUGAACAUGGAUUCCAGACAGCAGCGAGAGAGUUGGAUCCAGGAGGUAAUCUGUCCCAUUUGUCAGGAUUUCUUCACCGAUCCGGUUUCACUGGAUUGUGGACACAACUUCUGCCGCUCCUGUAUCACCCAGAGCUGGGGAAAGCAGGAGAUAAACUCCUGCCCGGAAUGUGGACAGGAGUUUCCAGACAGAGCCCUCAGGGUAAAUCGGGUCUUAGCGAAUCUGGCCGAGAAAGCUCGAAAAUUAAAUCCGAAUCCACAAAAGAAGGAAAGUGAACAUCACUGUGAGGAACAUCAGGAAGAACUGAAGCUGUUUUGUGAAACUGACAAGAAAUUGAUCUGUCUGGUUUGUAGAGAUUCCCGGGAACACAAAUCUCACAACUUCAUCCCGGUUAAAGAAGCUGUUGGAAUCUACAAGGAUCGGGUGAAAUCUUCCUUGGAUUCUCUCACAGAGAAGAAAUUAGCGGCUCUAGAAAUGGAGCAGCAGCAGAAACAGCAGAUUUCCCAAAUUCAGGAACAGGCGAACACUCUGCAGACCCACAUCGAAUCCGAGUUCACUAAAAUGCACCAGAUUCUCACUGAGAAAGAACAGCGUUUACUCCGAGAUCUCAGGGAACAAGAGGAGCGAAUUCUCAAAACAUUAUUGGAGAAUCUUUGGAAAAUACAGGAGAAUUUAAAUUCCAUUGAGGAGGAACUCUCAACUUUGCAGAAAGCGGAACCGAUUCUACAUCAGGAGGAAUCCUGUCGAAAGGGGAGGGUGACUCACCGGGAUAACGGACUGCCAAGCGCUCUGUCCGUCGGUAAAUUCCACGGACCAUUACAGUAUACAGUGUGGAGAGAAAUGGUCGCUGUCAUUAAUCCUGCUCCAGCCUGUCUGACUCUGGACCCGAACACAGCACACCCCCGGCUGAUCCUGUCUGAGGACCGGACCAGUGUGAGAGUCGGCAGCACGCUGCAGGAGCUCCCUGACUCCCCGGACAGGUUUGACCGCUGGCUGUGUGUGCUGGCAUCAGAGAGCUUCACAUCAGGGAGACAUUACUGGGAGGUGGAGGUGGGGGGGAAGACCUGGUGGCGUGUGGGAGUGACCCGAGGGAAUGCCGCGAGGAAGGGGAGAAUCGAUCUGUGUCCCGAGUCUGGAUACUGGACUGUGUGGCUGAGACAUGACCAGAUGUACCUGGCUGGGACUGAUCCAGUGACUGCGCUGUCCCCGAGGGGGAAUCCCCGGAAGGUCGGCGUGUUCCUGGACUAUGAGGGGGGCCAGGUGUCAUUUUACAAUGCGGACACCAUGUCCCAUCUCCACACUUUCAGCCACACUUUCACUGAGAGGCUCUUCCCACUGUUCCACCCGGGACCACACGACAGCGGAAAGAAUUCUAGCCCCCUGACAAUCUGCGGGCUGAAAGGUCACUGACACAUCCACCCGCUAAUCCCUCACACUGCAACCUGCAGUCUGUGACACUUG